ACACAACGACGCAUCGUAUGUACCGAAACGUGUAUGGCAUCUCCGCCCCGACGAGUGUCUUCUCCUCUCUUAUAUUCUCUCCCUUCUCUCCUCUUCCACGCAUCACCCAUUUACCCUUCUUCAUUCUUCUCUCGCUUUCUCUCCUCUUCUUCUUCAAUGGCUCCACAAGAAGCAGCAGCAGCAGCUAGUGUGACCCAGAAGACUGAUGAGGCUGCUCCUCGCAAGAACAGGGUCACAGUUGUGGGCAGUGGCAACUGGGGCAGUGUGGCUGCUAAGCUCAUUGCCUCCAACACCAUUAGGCUUCCUUCUUUUCAUGAUGAGGUGAGAAUGUGGGUGUUUGAGGAGACAUUGCCAAGUGGUGAGAAGCUCACAGAUGCCAUCAACACAAGAAAUGAAAAUGUAAAAUAUCUGCCUGGCAUAAAACUUGGGAAAAAUGUCGUUGCAGACCCAGACCUUGUCAAUGCAGUGACUGGUGCAAACAUGUUGGUGUUUGUUACUCCACAUCAAUUUAUGGAGGGUAUAUGCAAAAGACUAGCAGGGAAGAUAAGCGGGGAUGUGGAGGCUAUUUCCCUUAUUAAAGGAAUGGAGGUCAAGAUGGAAGGCCCAUGCAUGAUCUCUAAACUGAUCACUGACCAAUUGGGUGUAAAUUCUUGUGUUCUAAUGGGAGCAAACAUAGCUAAUGAGAUUGCUUUGGAGAAAUUCAGUGAAGCCACAGUUGGAUACAGAGAAAACAAAGAGAUUGCAGAGAAAUGGGUUCAACUAUUUAGUACCUCCUACUUCAUAGUCUCACCUGUCCAAGAUGUGGAAGGUGUAGAACUGUGUGGUACCCUGAAAAAUGUUGUGGCCAUAGCUGCAGGUUUCGUGGAUGGCUUGGACAUGGGAAAUAAUACAAAGGCUGCAAUUAUGAGAAUUGGUCUAAGAGAGAUGAAGGCAUUUUCCAAAAUGUUGUUUUCAUCUGUCAAGGACAGCACCUUCUUUGAAAGCUGCGGUGUUGCUGAUCUCAUCACAACAUGCUUGGGAGGAAGAAACAGGAAGGUUGCAGAAGCUUUCGCAAAGAGUGGAGGGAAAAGAUCGUUUGAUGAGCUUGAAGCAGAAAUGCUACAGGGUCAAAAAUUACAGGGUGUGUCAACAGCAAAAGAGGUAUAUGAAGUUUUAAGCCACCGUGGGUGGUUACAGUUUUUCCCGCUUUUUGCAACAGUUCACGAGAUCUGCAUUGGCACACUUCCUCCAUCAGCCAUAGUGGAACACAGUGAGCGCACACCUAAAUAGCUGGUUUCCUCCACAAUCACUGGGCAUUCUUCAGGGUCUAAAUGAAAGUAUUCGUAAGUGAUGUUUCGUACACGAAAACUAGGAGAGGACUAGGUAAAACUUUGGAAUGUU